UUUUUAAAGUUAUUUUUAUCUUGUAGAAGUAAUCUGAUGCUUGUCUAACGAGUGGUUGUUUUUUAUCCAAACCGUAUUUUCAUCAGUUUCAAUAUUUUGGUCUUAGUGUAUUCUAGUACUUCUAUUAUAUUUCAAUAUAGAUACUUCAAGCGCACUUACAUGACAUCCAGAAUUAUUUUCCUGGCGUUAUGAGCAAUUGUAACGAAGUGAACUUGGAGGAAGAAAUUAUCUCUUAUUUUGCGUGAAUCCACUCGGACAUCAAGACACCAUGAGCACGGGUCAGGUAACCGAAAAUAGGAGUGAAAAGAUUCAAGAGUUUCGUGAACGUGUUCUUGAUGUGCUUAACGAAGAGAAUGAUAGCGAUGCUUAUCUUGUCAAGUGGUUAAUUGCCAGAAAUUUCGAUGUAGAUCAAGCAGAAGAAAUGCUGAGAAAGCAUAUCAAAUUUAUGACGGUUAAUGGCUUGGAUAAGAUAGGAGAAGAUUUCACUCCUCCAGAGGUUACGAAAUAUUUCCAUUCAGCUCAUUUGGGUUACGAUAAGGAAGGGUCUGUUGUUCGAAUUCUACAUAUCGGUGGAUCAGAUUUAAGAGGUUUGGUUGCAUCGUUAUCUAAACUGGAUUCGAUUCGCUACGCUACUUAUGUUCUACGAACUGAUGUCUUACGGCAAAAGAGAGAAAGAGCCAAUCAACCUAUCUGUGAUAAAUUUGUGUACAUAAUAGAUCUUGAAGGUCUAAGUUGGCGUGCCAUCAUUCAAAGAAUCGUUAUUGAAAGGGCAAUGAUGCUUCUGAAGAUUUACGAAGCGAAUUAUCCUGAAAAUUUGAAAAUUGCUUACAUUUUCAACAGUCCAACGUUCUUUAGCUUUAUUUAUAAUUGGUUAAAAUCAUUUCUGCCUGAAUCUAUCCUAACGAAGCUGGACAUUUUAACGCCAGAAGAAUGCUCUAAGCUCUUUAAAACUAUUGAUCCAUCCAUCAUCCCUGCCUCCCUUGGCGGUGCACGUAGAGACCCAGAGGGUGACCCUCAUUGUCAAACUUUGUAUCAUUACCCACUCAACGCAGAAGUUCCCGAAAGCAUGAUGCUUUAUAACCAACUGGAUGUACUUAACAACGAUCCGACUGCAGAGAAAGCUGUGGUUGAUUACAGAUCGUACUUCAAAGUUGAAGUUGUAAUUAAGGAACCGAACUCUACUAUUCAGUGGGAUUUCCAAACCCUUUAUUAUGACAUCCGAAUGGGCUUAAGUUGUAGAAAAGAAGAGAACUCAGAGUCAGAAGUGAUUAUUCCACUUCACAGGGUGGAUAGCAACUUAAUUCCUGAAUCUGGUGAAUUUACUUGUCCUGAUCCUGGCAUAUAUGAAAUUAUCUUUGAUAACACUUACAGCUGGAUGACUAGAAAGGAACUGAUUUAUAAAAUUUCUGUCCGUUUACCCGGAGACAAUCCUGAAAAUUAAUGUUGUUAUAAAUAUUUUUCUCAAUUACUGAAAAUUUUACAACGAGGCUUCACAAAACUUUUCUUGUUCAUAAUAAAUGAUGUUAUUUUACAAA